AAAAACCACUACCCCCACCCCCCAAAAAAGGCGGGGGGGGGGGGGAAACGCACCCCCCACCCCCAGUGUCCCGUUUCAGAAGCAGCUGCGGUGGUGCGUGUGCUCGGGGUCCGGGGGCUCUCCCCGUCCAUGGCAGGCAGGCGCUGCUGCAGUCGGUUCGGGGCUCAGCAAACCCGCCAGUCUAGCGCAGAGGCAGCCCCCUGUGCAGUGCGUUUGCUCCUCCUCCCUGUAAAAACACUCUGCGUUCGAAAACGGGCUUUAUCAUAGCUAGUGGUGGGAGAGGCAAGAAGGCGAAGAGAGGACGGCGCAGCUGAGGUGGCCGAGGGGGUGUGGGUGACUCUGCCUGAACCUUCUGGAAGCGGGGUGGUGCCUCCCCCAGACAGAAGAUGGGGAGCUCCCCAUCAGGGCUGCGAGCAAGCUCUGGCCUGGAUUUGCCUGAGCAGACUGGAGCCGAGAAUAGAAAAUGCUCCAAGUAAAGGCUUUUAUUUUGCAGUAUCUCUUUUAGUGUGCUGAAAAUCAUACUAUUAUUCUGGUAUUUAUGCACAAAGCUGGGGAGGGGGGGCGGCGGCGGCGGCAGCUCUGUGUAGGAAACAAGGGGGGUUUUUUGUUUGCUUUUUUUAAAGCAGCAUUGGUGCCCUUUAUUUUUAAGAUCAGAGGCUGCUCAUCUGAUGAGUCAUUCUGCAAAUGACAACAGCAUCACUGAAAGAUGUAUUCUGCACAGUGUUUAAAUGUGCUAACAUACACAAAUCUGUCUGAAAGUAAGAUAAAUCAAAAGGUACACGUGACGUAAAAGAAUAGCAGUACCAGAUCACUUGUAUAGUUAAUGUCUGUCAUUUUAACGUGACAGUCAUUCUGGAAAAAUAAUUAUUUUUCCCAUACACAUCACUUCAGGCUUUUGAAUGCAACAGCUGAGGAUGAAUUGUAACAACCAGGGAAAAGUAAUUUGCAUUACUGAAUACUUUCAGAUACAAAAUAGGUAUCUUUUUGACAUUGCAGAUGAGCAAACUGUGUUAUGCUCAAAUAACCUAGAACCAACCAUACAGCAAAUUACACUUGCAGUGGAAAAGGGGGACAUAAAAAGUAAUUUGACUAUAUAUAGCCUUGACACUGUUGGCAUUCUAAAGAGGAACAAUGCAGGGAACUAGAAGAGCUCCGUGGUGAAAAGCAGGCUCUUGUGAUCUGAGGCACUCUGCCUUUGCCCUGCCGGGAUCAACAAGCAUCACUGUCUCCAUCUUUCCUUUUCCACUAAAUGGUGUGGGGCUGCAGCUAUAGCAGUGUUGCUAAAUGUGUAGCUAGCCAAACACUACUGUGAGUAUAACCUGGUUUUAUUUAGGGUUUCGCAAAUUCAUGUUUCUAGUUGUUAUAAUAAACAGCAUAUUUAUUAGCAUGGAGUUGUUUCAUCCUCUAAGAGUUUCUUAUAAGGCAGAAAAUGAGAGGAGAAAGGUAUUAGCGGAUGAUUCAUCCUUUACAUAAGUACACUUAAUAGUAAGCAAAGCCUGGCUUCUUUUUUUUCCCUCCCAAAACAUACAGUGACUUCUAGAAUAAACAUUUGUAAAACGCAAUUAAUUUAUUCAUGUAAUUGGACUUUGACUGGAGGUAAAAAGAAUUAAGAAAUUAACUAUUUGAAGUCAGAGGCUGAAAUCCAAGCUUCUGCCUCUACCUGUCACUGUACCAUUUAGGUACUUGAAAAGAUAGUCUGCAGCUCAGGAUGUUUUUGUUUUUUUUUUUUUCCCUUCAUCUGCCUAAUGAAAAAAAAAUAAAAAUGUGAAGUGGAAACAGAAAAUAAAAUGGCCAGACAUGUUACCUGUCGGCAUUAGGUUAAAAAUGCAUCUGACCCACUUGGGGCUGAUACUUAUUAGUAUGCUGCAAACUACUGGAAAUACCAGUUUAAGAAAAGCUAGUUGCUUAGCACUGAACAUACCCAUUUUUUCAGUGUUACUUCAGUUACUACAGAGAGCUUACUAGAAUUGCUGUGAACAGUGCAUCAUGUAGCAUUCCACUAGGAACAGGCUUCAAGGUGGAAUUUCUUUUGCAGAGACUAUUGUCAAUUUUUGUUUAUACACGCAGUAAGAGCAGCAUUUGACUUUUGACAUGGAUCUGGAUUAUUAGUAAGCAAAUAGCUGUAGGGUAUAUUCUAGAACCCAUUGUAUCACAGUGGGCUGGGGGAGGAUUUGCUCAGCAAUAUCCUGCUGCAAUUUAGUCUUGAAAUGAGGCCCCCUUUAUGUAAAUUUUUACUGGGCCAGCUAGCUGUAACUGCAGUCUGGCUCUGUGUUGGCAGCAGCUAACAUGUGUCAUGGACUUCUCUUGUGCACGGAUUGCAAACACAUGCUGGCUUCUGGACCUAAAGAUCCACGCGGAUGAGUGUGAAAAGAUGUACAAAGGAACCUAGGUGUUAUUAGCUUGCUAGUAAGUGAAAAUACAGAGGAAAUUCCAGCUUUCUUCUUUUUUUUUUAGUGUGCUGUCUUGCACUGUGCUGUAAUAAAUUUGUGCUUGUUGGUACUACUGUGUGGUAUGUGGGAGGUACUUAACUGCACAUAGUUGCUGCAGUGCUAAUAGUUGGCAGCACAGAAGGCAGUACAAAGAGUCAGACUGGCGGCACUUGCAGUUGCAACGUUCCCUUGGAGGCUGUGGCAUGCUCAGUGAGCUGCAGGGGCACUCCUGACAUGUUCAGCCACUUGUGUGGGGAAGUGGGAGUUCCAGCAGGCUUUAACAAGCAGAUGUAGUCUACUAGCUGAGAGGUACAACAGCAUAGCUCAGGCUGGCUAAAAAAUAGUACUCAUGCUGCUGUGUAAACAAAACAAGAUCUUAGUAUCAAGAUGGCUGACCUGGAAGUCUACUUAUAGCUCGUGAUACUUAUGCAAAUGAGCUACGUGUCAGUGGCUUACUCAGAGGAGGAAGCUCAUUUUGCACGUGCCACCUUCUCGCCAGGGUCAAGAUGGAUGGCACAGAUGAACCUCAGAAGAAAGUCUUUAAAGCACGAAAAACAAUGAGAGUAAGUGAUCGACAACAACUUGAAGCUGUCUAUAAGGUUAAAGAGGAGCUAUUGAAGACAACAGAAGUUAAACUGUUAAAUGGAAAGCAUGAGAAUGGAGAUUCUGAUUUAAAUUCCCCUUUAAGCAAUACAGACUGUAUGGAGGACAAGAGGGAAGUUAAUGGCCUAGUGGACUUGUGCAUUAAUACUGAAGAAGGAAGAACAGCUUCUGAUGAGGUUAGUGAAGCCAAAAGCCCUGAAAAUAGGGCAGGGAACAUAGUCAAUGACACAGAACCCAAACCUCUAACGCUUCCUCCAGAGAAAGUCACUCCUGAGCAAGAUAAAUGUACUGAUACUGCUUUAGCUUGUGAAGCUGAAAAUGGAGUACUUGGUAGCAAUAAAGAUAACUUCCAUGAAGAAAAUAAUACAAGAGAUCGUUUGGACCAAAGAGAGAGUAACAUCCAAUCAGAAGUUGAAAGUGAAUCAGUCUGUGAUAUUAAUGACACUUCUGAAGAGAACAGAGAAACAAAUGACUUACCUAAUAAUUGCAGUUCAUCUGGUGAGGAAAAGAAGACUGAAGAAGUAACUGUUGAAGACUCUGUUGGAGAAGAUGCCAUCUCUAGCAGUGUGGAAACUGACCAUGAACCAAAGGACAAAGGAGACAGCACUGCAGGUCCUUCUGAAACCACUGUUCAGAAGACAAUAGAUGAGCCAAGUGAAAGUACCUUGGACAAUACUGACUCUAUGGAAACAGAUGAAAUUAUUCCAAUUUUGGAAAAACUAGCCCCUGCUGAGGAUGAACUGAGCUGUUUUUCCAAAAGUUCUCUGCUUCCAGUAGAUGACACAGUCCCAGAUUUAGAAGAGAAGAUAAGCAACUGUUUGGGUUCACCAUCCAAGCAGGAAAGCAAUGAAAGUCUGCCAAAAGAGGCUUUCUUAGUACUGUCUGAUGAAGAGGAUCCCAGUGAUGAAAAGGAGGAACAUGCUGAAGUGAUACCACCAAACAAGUCAGGUCUUCCAGAAGAGGUGGAGAAGGAGAGAAGAGAGAGUGGGGAGGAUAAAGAAGAGGUCCAGAAAGAAGAGAAGCACACAGAGAGAAGUGAAGCUGCAAGGAGAAAACGUUCCAAAUCUGAGGACAUUGACAAUGUUCAUUCUAAACGUCGUCGGUACAUGGAAGAAGAUUAUGAAGCAGAACUCCAAGUAAAAAUUACAGCCAGAAAGGAGGUUGACCAAAAAUUACAAAAGGUUAUCCAGAGACUGUUGGAAGAAAAACUUACUGCUUUACAGUGUGCUGUAUUUGACAAGACUCUGGCGGACUUGAAAACCCGAAUAGAGAAAGUAGAAUGUAACAAGAGGCAUAAAACUGUGCUUACUGAACUACAGGCUAAAAUCGCUAGAUUGACAAAGCGGUUUGGAGCAGCCAGGGAGGACUUGAAGAAAAGACAGGAAAAUGCACCAAACUCACCUCUGUCUCCAGGAAAAGCAGCAAGUGACACUGCAAACACAAACAAUGUGACGUAUCGAAAUGCUGGCACAGUGAGGCAGAUGCUAGAGUCAAAGAGGAAUGUAGGAGAGAGCACACCAGCCACUUUUCAAGCCCCUGUGAAUGCAGUGCCAGCUUCCAGUCUUGUUGCUCCUCCGACAGUUGUCAGUGGAAUUCCUAAGCCUCAGGCACCAAUGACCUCCACCAGCUCUUUGACAACAACAGUUCUUCCCACAGCUAAUACAGCUAUGGUUGUAGGUACUAACCAACUGCCCAGCGGCAGCACCCAGUCAGUGUCUGUCUCAUUGCAGUCUUUGCCUGUAAUCUUACAUGUACCUGUUGCAGUGUCAUCCCAGCCUCAGCUCCCGCAAGGCCACACAGGGACUUUGGUCACUAACCAACAACCAGGCAACGUUGAAUUUAUAUCUGUACAAAGCUCAUCUACAGUUGGUGGCCUUACCAAAACUACAGUGUCUUUGGCAUCAACUAAUCCACCCAAACCAAAUAACAGCCCAUCUGUGCCCAGUCCUGGUAUACAGAGGAACUCUCCAGCCAGUGCUGGGUCAUCAGGCACAACAUUGGCAGUACAGGCUGUUUCUACUGCACAUCCUGUUGCACAGGCCCCAAGGACUUCUUUGCCCACAGUGGCUACUUCAGGACUUUAUAAUGCUACCGGCAGUCGAGCCCCUCUACAGAUGAAGAUUCCCCUCUCUGCAUUUAGUAGUACAGCUCCUAUUGAACCACCCACCAUUACAGCGCCCCGAGUUGAAAACCAGGCAAGCAAGCCACCAACAGAUACUUCGGCAAACAAGCGAACUGCUGAGGGGACAACACAGAGCGGGAAGGUCACAGGAAGUGAUUCAGGAGGUGUCAUUGAUCUUACACUGGAUGAAGAAGAUGAUAGCGCUUCUUCAGCAGAUGGCAAGAAGCAGAACCAGGCACCUGUUGCAGGACUGAGCAUACCCACCCAGCCUUUGGCUCGACCCUUGCAGCCUUUGCAGCCAAACCCUGUGCAGCAGACAGGUGUGCCAACAAGCGGGCCUUCCCAGACCACCAUACAUGUAUUACCUACAGCUCCGACAACAGUGAAUGUAACUCACCGGCCAGUGACUCAGACUCCUGCAAAACUUCCUAUCCCAAGAGCCCCUUCUAACCAUCAGGUGGUCUAUACCUCUCUUCCUGCACCACCAGCUCAGAAUCCUGUAAGAGGAGCUGUCAUGCCAAGCCCAAGUUUAAGGCCAGUCAACCCUCAGGCUGGAGGUAUGACAGUACGAAUGCCUCAAACAACUACGUAUGUUGUGAACAACGGACUAACUCUUGGGUCUGGAGCACCUCAGCUUACAGUGCAUCAUCGGCCACCACAAGCACAUGCUGAGCCACCGCGCCCUGUACACCCUGCCCCGCUCCCGGAGGCACUGCAGCCACCACGUCUGCCCCCUGAAGCUGCCAACACUUCUCUGCCUCAAAAGCCACAGCUGAAGCUGGCACGGGUACAGAGCCAGAACGGUAUCGUGCUGUCGUGGAGUGUCAUGGAGGUGGACCGGAGCUGUGCCACUGUGGACAGUUACCAUCUCUACGCCUACCACGAGGACCCGAGUGCCACUAUGCCCUCCCAGUGGAAGAAGAUUGGGGAAGUGAAGGCCCUCCCACUGCCCAUGGCAUGCACUCUUACACAGUUUGUGUCUGGCAGCAAAUACUACUUCGCAGUCCGGGCUAAGGACAUCUAUGGACGUUUUGGACCCUUCUGUGACCCCCAGUCCACAGAUGUGAUCUCUUCCCAGAGCAGUUAAACUAGAGAUCUUUGGAGCCUUUAAACCUGUCCUACUGCCAGGAAUUACCCCAGUUUUGGGGGGAGUUGAUCCCAUGCAUGAAAUUCAGUUAUAAAUCCACUCUCUGCAGGAUCAUUUUAGACAGUUGUGUGAUACACUACGUGCAUUCAGAACCAAAAGAAAAAUAAAGUCUCACCUGCAGCAAGAGAGCCUGUUUUUUCUGGAUAGCUCAAGUCAUGGGCCGUUUAAAAAUUUCAUUUUCCCUUCCAUGACAGCUGUUCCACCUAGAUACCUACCUACCCUUUAUCCAAGGGCACCCUAGAUGCCUGGGAUUUUGCUUCAGAGUGGGAACAAAAUAAUGAAUUACAGUUUGUCUGAAGCAAAACAUACACAUCUGUAUUAUCUAUCAAGACACCAACAUGAGGGCAAGAACAGAUUUGCCUCUUGCCCCCACCACUCUGUGGGCAGGCUGUGACAGGAAGGGUGACUCGAGGCCUCACUUUUGUACUGGAAGAUUGAGUGGUCUGGUCAUAUUUUACAAACUGUAAUGAGCUCCUUGAGGGGAGGGAAGGGAACUUGAGUCUGGCCAGGGAACCAAUAUGUGUGUAAAUUUGGAGGGAGGGGGGAGGUGGGUGGGGAGGGGAAAAAAACAAAACCAACAAACACCCCACUACCUCCUACCUCUCCUAAAAAUGCUCCUCUACUUUUCACCAUCCUCCCCCACGCACACUGGGAGCAUUCCCAGGUCGGAUCUGAAACUGGACUGUAGAGACUGCAUUCACACCUCUCCAGCUCAGAUAAUUUCUCUGCCCCUCCUCUCAUACAUCCAGCCCUAUUUUUUAGAUUUAUUUUGUGCCUUAAAGAAUAAUUUCAGAAAUAAAAUGUAGCCAGAUACUUUGUGGUGUUCUUUUAUUUGCUUUGAGUUAUUUUUCCUUUACCCUUCUAGCCUUUCAUUACUGCUUCUCAUUUUCCUGGCCUGCAGUAAUUAUUAUUUCUGUAAAGACCAGGAAGUGUAACAUCUGCUGAUGCUGGUUUCGUUUUUAUCUGCAGUUUCACUCAACCCUUUCCUCACUGUAAUUCUUGAGUAGUAGUUUUUUGUCCUGUCGAGAAUACUAGAGUGUACAGAUAGUAUUUUCCACCAGAGCCUUUCCCUUUUCUUUUGGGAAAGCUGUAUGCUGCAGUUCAGCCAAAGAAACCUCUGGGGUGUGGCACCAUGAAAGCUUCUAGCCCUUUGCACUCGGUUUGGAUGUUCAGUUAGUAGAAAAAGAUAAGAAGUUGGCUUCCCAGUCCUCUGUCUCAUCACCUGCCUGCCUCUGCAGAAAGCUAACGCACCCAAAGCAGUUUAGAAACUAUUUCAGACACCGGCCUAAAACUUGUGAGCAAUUGCAGAUGUUAGUAGAUGCUUUCAUGAUGCUUCUGAGCUGAGAAAACAAAUUGGUGCAUCUGCCCCACUGUCGUCGACGUGUUAAACUGGCUUUUUACAGAACCAAAUUGUGAUGCACCUGGACAAGAAAGCGUAUGUAAGGCUUUUGUUUUGGCAUUUUUCAGUCUCAUUCGUGCCCAGCAGAAUCAGUGGAUUUAAAAGGAAAAGAGGGGGGUUUUAAUCCACUCUGCAGUGUAGCAAAGCUAUGGAAGAUAACAUUUUUCAAUUUCAGUGCUCUCUCUCUUAAAACCAACAGUUUUUCAACCUUGCUUUACAUUUAAAAGGGCAGGAAGAAUUAAAUCCCAAAACAUGGCUGAUGAAAUACGAGUUACGGGUUCUUCAGUUGUGUUCCCUUUGAGAACAUUUACAGGGAGAGAAACUGCAUUGUAGACUUUGGUCUCUGCUAUUUUACUGCACUCCUUCAUGUAGCUGGGAUUGUCACUUCUGUCGGGUUAGUAACGAAUAUUCUCUGUAUGGAAACCUGCCUUUAAAGUCCAGCAGUUUCACUGAUUCAGGCAAGCAAAAAUUCUGUCUAAAUGCAAGUACCAUGAGAGAAGGUUCACACUGGAUCUCUUGUAUGAAUGAUGUGUAACCUUUCCUUUGAAUAACAGUUGUCCCUGUAUUACUGGUGCCAAUAAUCAAUAAUGCCUUGAAUUUUUCUAUGUUUAAUUAAAUGUUUUGUCUGCCUAUUUCAAGGGAUAGUUACUUCUAAUGCAUUUAGUCUACUUAUGGGAAGUUGGGUCCUCCUAAAGCCGGUUCUGUAGUAGAGGUUCGAGCAGUUCAUUCCAGUUGAUAGCUGUCAUGUCCUCCUAGGUUAAUUUUUUUAAUGUGUCUUGAGGUGGUACCAAAGGGCCAUUGGCCAUAUCACUACAAUGAGGUUUUAAAGUUAAAAUAAACAUUAGAAUACAACCUAGAACUUACGCUGCUUAUUUAAUUGUGAUUCCAGCCCAAACUAUACAUGAACUUUUCUAUAGUUUGUGCUUGCGUUUAGAUCACAAUUGUUCCCAGCUUUGUCUUGCUUGGGAUAGGCGCGGGGUGAGUGCCCUGUGUUAGAAUUUUUUUCCUUCCUCCAAUGGAGGUGUUAGUAGGGAUGGUCUGGUAUUGUGUUUGCAGGUUGUGUGGGCUGUUAUCUGUAGAGAAAGAAGACUCAUCUUUAUUUACUAAGAUAAGAUGUAGUUCUCAACUGAUUGUAAAAACUGACUUCUGGCUUAAUAGAUCCGUUUCUGCUGUGGGUGGCAGAGCGCAGCUGAUAUUUUGGGGCUGGGCUAAAUAAACUAGCUGCUGUUUGUUGACUGAAGCCAUCGCAGCUGUGGGCUGAAAGCUGACUUCUCUUUUGUUUCAUUGGAGCAGAGCUGUUAAAGGUCCAAUUUCAGGAUCUUAAGCAAGUAGCCCUAGCUCAGCUGGAGACCUUAAAGGUAGCUGGUGCUUAAAUCGCUGACACACACACCGCGCCAUGCCACUUCUGCAAAAUCAUUGUCAUGGUGGAGCAGAUCUCUGCAGCGGGUAUUCACCCCUUACGCUAACAAACGGGAGUAUUGCUUAAUUCCCUAACUCGGGGCACUUUUCCCUGUGUUGUGGGGUGACUGCUUAUGUUACUAACCUUCACCUCCCAGAGACAAUAAAACUACUGAGAAACUGUGUUUCUGCUAGCAACAACCAUUCAGAAAUAAUUGUUUCAAUUUAGUAGACUUUAUUUGAAAAUACUACCAGAAUAUUUGGGAACAUUCAGUACAGGUUUGUUAACACUGUGCUUUUAGACUGGGCUCUUCAUAAAAGUAUUAGUUGCUGGAGGCUUCCAGUCAUUCACUUUUAAAUAUGCUAAAAAUCUCUGCUUUUAAGUGGAAGGGUUGGUUUUCAUUUCUUUGCACCUUAUGGAAGUUCUUCCAUCUUACUUUCAGUAGCCUGGCACGAAGUCGUUCCUUGGUGUUUUGCCGUUGCCACUGGGUACGUGACAUUUCAGCAGUACCACCUUGGAUCCAGUUCCCCACCACGCUCCAGCAAACACAGCACUGACUCUCCAGCUGUGGUUUCCAUCCUCAUUAACUUCCUGGUUUGGUUUCUCUGUGUGAUACAAGGGCAUCUGGAUGUCCGGGUUGAACGGAAUUUGAGUCGGUUCCGUUUCUGGUUGGAGAGGAGCGCAGCUGUCGGAGUGCUGAUGGCAAAAUGCUGUUCCCUUCCCCUGCAUUCCUCCUAGCUACAGCUUCACGGGCCUCCUCUAUUUCAGUGUAUGUCUAAAAAAGCUUCACUGGAUCCAGAUAACCAAGCCCUAGGAAGGGGGCAGACUGUAGGUGUAGCACCUGUACUGCAUCUGCGGUGGCAGCUUCAGAAAACACGAGGCUGGGGAGGCAGGAGCCCUUCCGCCCGUAUUCCACGUCCAUGCUCUGACUCAGCCCCCCUGGGAGUACCCGUCCGUCCUGGACUUUGCUCCUUUGAAUUAUUUGUGCUACCAGUGGCCACGUUAGCUCACCGAGCACAAGCACUGAGGCACUCGCCCAUCGCAAGGGGUUCCGCACAAGGCUGGGAACGCCCGUGGCGUCUUCCCUGUGGAAAUAAGGGGUCUCACCCUGCUUCCUUUGGAAAAUGGCAAAACCCCUCCCGCCUCCAGCGGGAGCACGAUUAGGCCCAGUAGUAGGAUCUGAGGACCGUUUUGUACUGUAACAAAAAUAGUCACUUCAGCCCUUCCUUUAUGCUGUUUGUCUUAAAUGUCCAAUAAAUUAGAAACUGCAUUAUAUGUAGGGACAGGUGAAAUCUGUUCCUGCUCCCCAAACAGCCAUUCCCCAGUAUCAGAGUAUUGCAUAAACUGUACAAAAUCAAGUUGUGAUUCUGCCUUCUUAGAAACUCUCGAGUAUUUUCAUUUAGUCAAAAAUACCUAUCCAGAUUUUCUAAAUAGAAGCUUGAUAUAUUAAAUAUAUAUUUUUUUAAUUUGUUGGUUUGAGUAGGGGUAGGCAUUGUAUGAAAACACUGGAGGGAGAGGAGUUCAAAUGACAGUGAGCCAGCCCUGCCACCAAAGUCUGUAUUCCCUUCCACAUACCACCUGAGGGGAAAAAGAAAAAAAAUAAGGAUAGCUACAAGAAAGCAAAUUAAUUUUCCUUUUCAUGACAUCUAAGUACCUGUUAAAAUGCAUUUUUAUUUCUCAUUAUGCAGGCUGAGCAUUCUCUUUUUCUCAUAUAUAUAUAUACACAUACAUAUAUAUAUAUAUAUAUAUAUAUAUAAUUUGAAGUGCUGUCUUAAUUUAAUGGGGUAUAGCUGUAAAUAAAGGUAUCUGGGUAGUAGCUGUUUGGGGAGUCCUGUUUAGCUUUAGUAAUUUAUUGGCUAUUGGGAGUCAAACGUGCAAAAUCCUUUGUUAGGAAACUCAGAUCUGAUUUCUUGUUUUGUUUUGCAGCUGGACUUGUAAAUACAAAAAAAAAAAAAAAAAAAAUACAGGACUGAUUUAAUGUCCAAUUUAAACUGGGCAGUUGCAAGCUCUCCCCAUUUUUUUUAUGUACCGUAGAUGAGCGUGUGCGUCUGUGUUAACUGUAGUGGGGUUUUGUCUGACAAGCCUGAAAUUUAUACUUUGAAAUAAACUAAUGGGUUUUUAA